AUGGUUCCAAAGCGGAUCAGGGUUUCCAUUCUGGUUUUUGCUGCAGCGGCCUUUGCAAUUUCAAGUUGGAACUUCGCUGCUGACUACUCUGGUCACUCAACAGGCUGUUGGAGACAUCCUCGCAGCCAGGCUUGGAGAAGUCGCCAAGGGCCAACUCUGCGGGCAGCAUGGCAGUGGGGAGAGGCCGAAACGCUUGAAGCAGCAGAGGCGCUCUCGGGGAGGUUGAGUACUGAGACUGCAAGGAAAGAAUGGAUGCAGGGCUUAAGGGAGGGCAGCACAGAUUGGGAAGAGGUUAAGUUGGCUUUAUCUUUGCUGUGGGAAAAGGCUGCUAAGGAAGGGCGAGAUGGAGGGCCUUUCGGUUAUCCAAUGGCGCUCACUCGACUCCUUGAAGGCAUUUACGAUGAGCCAGAUGGUGACGAGAUGCUCAUAGCCGACAUAGACGCUCGCUUGACGCAGGUGCCUGAAGGGGAUCCAAGCGACAAGGAGAUUUGGAAGCGAUCAGUUGUGUCGUGCUGCUUUGACGAGCUGGGUUUCCUCAGUGGAGGGCUGUAA